ACCACCAUCAGCUGCGAGCUAUUUAACGAACCGUUCCCGUGGGAUGUGGGUCUUUCUACUGUUGAAAUCGGGUGUAUUUUUGCGGCCAUUAAGAUGGCUAUCCUAACGUAAGUUAUGUCUCCCGUUGAUGUUACGUUUGGUUGCGUAUGCUGUAUUAAUAACACACCAACUUGUGCUUUGUCGACAAAAUGCCCUGAAAGUUGUGAUAAAGUGAAUAGCGGGUUUUUUUCCACGACCGAUGUUGUUGACUUGACGCUAAUGUAAACGUAUGUAUUGCACAGUUAUGUUAGCUUGCUCGUUAGUUAACGCGCCGAUCGAUCUUAGCUUAAGGUUAAUAGCGAAUAGCUGGAUAGACAACAAUACCCAACCCCUCACACCAAACACCGUUGACCUCAGUCAGUCUGUAGGUAAAUGUUAUCACCUGUCAUUCUCGAAAAACAUUGUUUUUUCGCAUUUGUGGAAACCGAUUAAACGUUGCUCAAUGCUAACACCGAGCUAACAUUGCUAAUAAGCCUCCCACUUCCAUUUCAAAAAAAGACAGCGCGAUUAGCUAGCUGAUCGACUGGCUGGUCGUUAGCAUAAGUGAAGUCAUCGAAAUGACCAAUUAGCAAUAUCGAGUUUAGAUGCCCCCCGCCGCAUGUGUUGCGCGUUAAGGACCAGACUAGUCGUCACCCUGCUUGCAUUUAUCUCUGCAAACGGGAUAGCGUGCGUUUAGCUUCUCCUCCAAGUGUCAGCUAACGUUAGCAGGUAGCAUCCAGACAAUACAACAUGACUAGUUUUUAAAGCUUUCUAGCCAACAAACUGAGUUUUGUUAGUAACCCGUUUGCCAAAGCGGCUCUUUGGUUUUUGCCUGGACGUGGAAUCGAUGUAAAAGUAUUCGCUCUUAAUGCUCAAAUGCCCAGACUUUGUGUGAAGUUCAGAUGGUGAUCAAGUGACACCGGUUGCGGUUGUUUGCAGACACGGUCAAACAGCGUUGACGAUCCGAUGACUGGCAUCCACCUUUUCUGCUAUUCACUGUUAUCGUGCAAAACGGAACCAUUGCCCCCAGAGCGGAAAAAGAGGACCGUUGAGGACUUCAACAAGUUCUGCAGCUUUGUCCUGGCGUAUGCCGGUUACAUCCCCAGUCCCAAAGAGGAAAGUUCCUGGUCCCCGACAUCAUCAAGCUCCGCCCACAGUUCGGGGCUGUCGGCGGAUGGAGGCGGCGGCGGCGGUGGUGGCGGCAGCAGCUCCACCGGCAACACCUGGGCAGACGGAAGCUCCGACAUCCACACCAUCCACACGUUUGUUCGCAAAGCCCGGGCGAACAAGGGCAAAAGUAUUCGCCGCAUACACUCUGAUAGCACUCUGCUGGACAAGAUGCGCCUCAAAGACUCCCUUUAUGAGAGCCAGGCGACCGCUAGGGCCGAGCGCAAGAAGGACAAAAAGCUGAAAAAGCUGUCGCUGGGUUCCGGCGUGACGGCGGCAGAUAGCGGCAGCAGCGAGGGCGAGAAACGGGCCCGCAUCAAGCGCAGCAAAAACUCCAAACAGCCGAAGCCCAAGAAGCUCAAAAGCGCCACGGCUCAAAGUGAGACAGACUCUGAAGCGCAGCACGCACACACAGAGGUACGACCCGCGAGGGAGGAGCUGACGGAACACGGCGGCUCCACCCCGGGCCUCGGGAAGCUGCAGCCCGACGAGUCCAUCAGGGAAGCCGAGAUGAGCUCCAGUGAGGGGGAGACCUGGAUCGCCGAUGAAGACAUUAUGGUGGAGUCAGGGGACGAUUCAUGGGACUUGAUCACCUGUUACUGUGGGAAGCCAUUUGCGGGACGGCCCAUGAUCGAGUGCAACCAGUGCGGCAUAUGGGUGCAUUUGUCGUGUGCGAAGAUCAAGAAGUCCAACGUUCCAGACAUCUUUUACUGCCACAAGUGCAGGGACUUGAGGCGGUCUGGACACAAAAAAGACCCGUAGACCGGAAGAGGGUGUGAGGGACGAGGAACAACAACAACAACCCCCCCACCCUCCGACCCCCCCUUUCGCUAUCCUCCUUGACACUUGUUUUCUUUGAUGCCUACAGCCAAAACAGCCUAACUUAUCAUGUGGAUGGCAACUGUAUUGUCAGUUUGUAGGAUUUCUUUUGACAAUCACAACCAUUCUUAUUUAUCCCUCACGGUUUCCUAUUUUCGUUUCUUACUUCUUUCUUUGGCUACUGUGAAGAACUGGACAGAAGGCAACCAUAACAACGGAGACUCAUUUUUUUAAAGUAACUAAUUGAUUGUUUCAUUAAUUGGCUUCAUUUCUUUUUGUAUACUGUGCCGGUCAUGUGCACAUAAACUGUCACAUUUAAUCUCAUACCCAGUGUAGGUGCAUUUUGAGUUGUAACGUAUUUCUUGAGAAUGUUGACAAAUCAUUGAAAAUGGCCCCUUUUAGGAACUCAAGAAGUACAGUUUUCAGUUUUAAUUAACCAUUUCCUUUCAACUUCCAAUCAAUGCAAGUUUUAAACGUUGGCAAAAUUGAACGCAUAAGAGGUGGAGAAUGUCACCCCUCUUAUUUGUUUAAGUCUGUCAUGAUGUCGGAUGAUGAGCUCAUUUUAUUUUUGAUCGUAUUCUGGCGAUUUACUUUUGAGUUUGCAUUUUUGUUUAGGUCGUCAGUGAUGAUCACUGAACUUUAAAACGUAGAGAUUUCACUCCCCUAGGAAAAAAAAGUGGUCUUUAAAUUCAUAGAAUCUGUCAACUCUUAUUCAUUUUAUUGUUUUGCAUCUGCAAAUGUACCUAAAUUUGCUACAUUUCAAAUUGCACACGGACAAGUCUCGCAGCAGGGCACUUUUUAAAAUAUAAACCCAAAUACCUUCCCACUGCAUACACUGGGGGGGUAUUUGGGACCUGAUGGGCUUCGGCUGAUUUAAAUCUGUACUUGGCAUGUAGCUGUGUACAUUCACGAUUGAGCGCUUAAUGUUUCUUCCUGUCUGGCUUGUUAAUCAACGCUAGCCAUUUACCAUGAACAACAUUUCCAUCAGAAUGCUACAUUUUGAUGCUUUUGUUUUCAUGUGCGGUUCAAGUUUUUCUUUCUUUCCUUCCCCCCCCCCCCCCCCCCCCAUGUUUUAAAAACUCACCUGACACGAGGGCGUAUGGUCGCUUUGAGGCGAAUGGGCCUGGGCGGCGCUUUACAGGAUCAGAGGCCCGGCUUAUGAAUGGUUGUAAAAUAUUUGUUUUUUCUGUUUUCAUGUAACUGUUUAUUUCUUAGCUCUCUGAGGAGCGGGAUUAGGGAUGCGCCCGCGUCAGAGAAUGGACAUAAGAUUGUUUCACAUCGAGAACAAAGUUGUAGUGUACAGAAAAUAGGUUGACGCCGCGUAGGUCGUGGCGUUCGUUUAUGUUUUUUGGUUUUACCAUGUGCUUUUUUUUUUUUUCUUUUGUUGGUGGGAGAGUCUUGUUCUCCAGUAGCAGUUGCACUCUCUCUACAACCACAAUUCUGUGUACAUAUCCUGUUCUUUGACAACUGUACAUAUGUGAAAGAGAAGAGAGAAAAUACCCAAGCAAAAUCUAUAUUUUCUGCAGUCUGAUAUUGUUUUCUUUAUUGUAGCUUGAAAAAUAAAAG